UAAUAGCAGCUGAAAAGGACAAUAGAAAGCCAGUUCCUUUGUUAUAAAAGAUCUCAUUCAUUUGUACGAUAGCGUCUUUUAGGCCUAGAUUAGAUGCCUCAUGUUUGCCGUGCGAAACUUAAUUAAAAUAGCGUAAAAAAAUCUAUGUCUAUUUAGUUCGACUAAAAGACGACGUCUAAUUCAACGUAAAUAAUUAGGUCGACGUUAUUCAAAAAGUACAGCAGAAUUUGCCGAUUCAAUCGGCAAAAGUGAGGCACGGGAUUAGAUGGCUAAUUUUUGUCGAGCUAAACUAAAAAAAAUCGGGUUUUUAUUUUCCGAGUGAAAAGUACGCAUGCGCAGUAAUAUAACUCGAAUUAAUUUUAAACGUCCCGCGCAAAUUUGUUUGAAGCACGAGGAGAGCAUACUGAAUGAAAGUAAACAAACAAACUUAAAAUGUCUGAAGAAUUGGUGAGUUAGAAUUUAUAACCAGUAAAAGCACUUUCUAACCUAAUCAUUAUUAUAUAUAUUUUUUUGUUAUUUUUGCAGAGUUUGCCAUUAUUAUCAACAAUAACACAAGACAAUCCAAUGUCAUCAGAUGAGAGUGAAGAGGAUGCUGAUAAUUUUGAAGUAUUUAUGAAAAAACACACAAAGAAAAAAGGUAGUAAAACUGGACGAAAAUCUCAUUGGCAAACAGAUAUGGUUAAUGAUUUAGUAGAUAUCAUCAUUGAGGAUGAAAAUUUAAAAAAAAGCUACUAUUAACCAAUAUAAAAAACGUUAAAAACAGUGAUUACUAUAAGCUGGUAAUUGAAGAGCUAAAAGGAAGGUGCGAGUUGAGAGGUGUCGAAUUUCCUUUUGACAUUAAUCAAACAAGGCAAAAAUUCAAACGUUGCAUGACAGCUUGUAGGGAAGCUGCCCUAAAAAUUAAAACAGCUUCAGGAAUCCAAAGAUUUCAAGAAGACAAGAAUUUUGGCACAUGGUUCAACAAACUAUUUGCAGUCGUAAAAUCCAUGGACAGUUGUCAACCCGAACAAUCACUGGAGCCAAAUUGUGCACAAGCUGGUGUGCCAAGUGGUAGCGAAACCACACCGCCUUCCAGUAAUGAAACUGACAACUGUCCUGGUAAUAAUAAAAAAAGAAAGUUAUUUGUACCAAUUCACGAAACAACAAAAAAAGCAAAAACGUGGAGGGAGGAAAACAUCACUCAAGGUUUAUGUGAUAUUAACAAUGCACUUUCAAAUGAUCCUACAGAAAAAAUAUUAGAUUUUUUGAAAGAAGAAAGCGACAGACAGCAACAACGUGAUAACAGAUUCAUGGCACUUUUAGAACGGAUGGUGACAAUGCCUGUCCAGCAGCCAAUUGUUCAACAACCAGUACACCAGGCAUAUACACCAUGGAAUUUCAUGAAUUCCCCACCCCCUCAUCCACAACAGCACCAUAGUCAUGCUAGAUAUGGUAUGAGCUACCAUCGUUUAAAUAUGGAUAAAGAAGGACCAGUGUAUGAAAAUUUAUAAAGGUUUUUAGUUGUUGUAAAAUAUUAUUUUAGACAUUGAAAAAGUUUACAAUGUUUCCUCGUCUUUUCAUUAAAAAAGCUAUCUGCUAUUUUAUCCCUUAUCAAUUUUGAAUUUUAAGGGACUGUCUCUCAAUUUUCUUUGGUUCGUGCUUGUCAUUUGCAGCAAAUCUCGUAGUUUCGAUUGCGGUCUCCUCUUGUUUGUCAGUGGAUCAACUGAUAAAUCAAUGUUACGUGGAAUAACGUCCCCUUUUUCAAUACAGAUAUUGUGCAAAACAACACAAGCUAAACCCAUUUUUUUUAACUGUUUCCUUAUGACUUUCGCACUUUUUACUUAAAAUUCGCCAGCGACCCUUUAGUUUACCAAAUGCACCUUCACUAACCAUUCUAGCACGGCUAAGGCGGUAAUUAAAAUAUCUUUUGCGCUCUGACAAAACAGCAUCACCAUAUGGUUUUGUUAUCCAUAUCCUCUUAGGGAAAGCGCCAUCUCCUAAAAUUAAUGGAGGAAAACAGAUAUCUUCGAUGUUACACAUUGUAUUUGGUAAAACGUCACCAGAAAUAAUUUUUGACCACAAGUUUGUUGAUUGAAAUAACGUGGAGUCAUGAGUGUUACCGGGUGCACCAAGACUUGCCCAAUUAAAUCUGUAUUUAGCAUCAACUAGGGCUAGAAGAAUAACGGAGUAAAAAUUUUUAAAAUUAUGGUAUUGUUUCAUUGACUCUCCUCCUCCAGGUGGGCACUUAAUUGGUAAAUGAGAGCCAUCGAUGGCUGAAAAACUAUAAGAAAACUGCCAUUCGGAUUCCAUUUCCUUCAUUUUUGAUUCAAAGUCUUCCUUUGUUUUCGGAAAAUGUUUCUCAACAGCGUCAACCCAUAAAUUUUCUACUACUGCUUGGCAAACUUCUUCCACGAUCUUUAUAACAGUCGACUCGCCUAUUCCUGACAUUUCGGACAAUGUGUAAUUAUAAUCUCCUCUAGCUAGUUUAUAUAAGCAUAUUGCAAGGCGCAUGUCUGGACUAAUUGGUUGUUCUGAUGUUGUUUGCUUGGAAAUAUCAGCCUCAAUGUUAGCCAAGAUAUACUGAAAAGUUUCCCUACUGACUCUGAAAGUUUCUUUAAAUCUUUUAUCAGAAUACUCGUUUGAAACCAUCUCCCACCAUCCAGCAUUUCUUCGAAAACGUCUACAACAUCGGAUCCUUCUUGGUCUGUUUAAACUUUCGUUAUGCUGCUUUGAAACCAGGUAGCGAUAUCUCGACAACAAUCUCUGUCAGCGAUGAAUCGCUGAUACUAAAAUCACCAAAAUUCUUCUUCUUCUUGCAUACCAGGAUGCUUUAUUUCUUAAAUAUUCCAAAACUAAACAAAUGAUAUCUUCUCUCGCCAUUACUCUUUCCUUUAAAAUACAGCAUGAAAGGAAACACGUAGAUUUUAUUUUGUUCAUGGUCACACCGACCCUGUUACAAUAUUUUACUUUUAUUGUGAAAUUGAGUGGAACAAUAAACCACGGAUAUUUUAAAUGCAUGGCAUUUAGUUUAACUCGGCGUAUAAUUCCACGCCGUGUCGAACUAAAUACCAAUGUCGCUCUUUUGCCGAUUUUAAUUUAAUUAAGUUUCGCACGGCAAAAAUGAGGCGUCUAAUCUAGGCCUUAUAACUAUCUUUUAAUUAAUUGCUAUGCAAAUUAUAGUUUUGCGGUAAAGAGAAGAAUUUUUAACUUAUGAUUAAUACACGGUUUUCCAUAUAAAAUGAGAGGAAAACUAAGAACAAUUCUCGUUCUAAAUGUUUGGUUUGACCAAUGAAAUCCUUAUAUGUUCUAAUGAAAAAGAGGGAAUCUAAACCUUUAUUCACCAAGCAACCUGGUCCUUACCCAAACUACGCAUUUUAAUACAUUGUCAUAACAUAGAUUUACCUGGAUUGUUUCUUUUUUUUGUUAUUUCUUGCUUCUCGAGUUAAUAUUUUGAAUUAGCUUCUCCGUGCGCACGUGUUGUAAAAUUUUCUACUGGGCUGGUUUUUACUUGCGCACGUGUUAAUGUAGUCGAAAUGCAUUGUGGUAUACUAUGGCAGCUCUCAGCUAAGCGACAAAUCGAUUUUAAAAAUUUAAAACAAGAAGCCCUGCGGCUUGAAGAUUUCCGUCAAUAGCCUGGAAAUUUGAAGUGUACCUUGAAAACGGAGAAUUAUGGGGUAAACAAAUCACUGACUAUCCCAAUUCUCAAUUAUUAUUGUAACUAACCUGCAAUGUUAAAAUACAAUCUAAUAAACUAGAGGCCCUUAGGCCUUGAGGUCAGCGCGACUGAGAACUUUAAAUGUGUGAGUGAGAAUUGUUUAUCCACGAAAGUAAAAAAGAAAAUUUUCUUCCGCUUCAAGAUAGUAAAAUUUACCCACUUUCCUCUGAAUAACGAUAUUAGUUCAAAUAUCGUCUCACUUCUUAUGCUUAGUUUCCACUGCGAAAUAGCGUGAGAUAAUUGGCA